CUAUAUGAUCAAUAAGGUAUCUGUCUGUCUGAUAUGAACCCAUUCAUUUUUUUGAGCGCCCCCUGCUGGUGUGGUAACUCCACCACAUGUAGUUAAGUGGGGGUUCUCCGCUCUGGAGAUUCUCUGAUGGUGUGGAGACAGAGAAGCGCCAUUUUGGCUCAAACAACUCGGAGUUGCACUUCUUUUUAAGCUGAUUUUUUUAACAGUUUUGAGGAGCUGGUGAGUUACCAGCCUCGCCGGGGUGGAUGUUAGAUAUUGGAAACAUUUCUACGUGUUUUUUUAUUGGAGCUGAAAGCUGCUGUUAGACCUGCAGCUUGUUUGUUUGUUACUUAGCUUGAAGGCUAGCUAGCGUUAGCUACGUGUCUGCGGUAGCGCCAGGCUACCGUUACUUUGGUAACUAGCUUAGCUAACCAUAGCUUGUUAGUUAGCCUAGCUUAGCUAGCGUUAACUAGUUAAUAAACUAGUGUGUUUUAAAGGUCAUGGGCGGCUGCUCGGCUCCAAACUGCUCCAACUCCACCACCAUAGGGAAGCAGCUGUUUCGCUUUCCGAAAGACCCCGUGCGGAUGAGAAAGUGGCUGGUAAACUGUCGCCGGGACUUCGCGCCGACCCCCUGCUCCAGACUGUGCCAGGAUCACUUCGAGGAGAGUCAGUUUGAGGAAAUCGCCCGCUCGCCAGCAGGGGGAAGAAAACUGAAGCCUAAUGCGAUUCCCACACUGUUUAAUGUACCAGACCCACCCUCACCCAUCACUCCUCAUGUAGUGCUGCCCCUCAAACCUGAACCAGAGAAGGAUUUGAACGUUGGGGACCAUGGUUAUGCCCGCCGGCAGCCACGAGUGGACCCUGAGGAAGAAGAGCGACAGAGAGCGGAAGAGGAGCAGCCCUGCUCGCUCUGCCAGCACUACAAAAGCCAGCUGGAGCAGCAGCAGCAGCACACAGCCCGGCUCCAGAGAGAGGCAGAGGAGAUGAAGAAACGUCUGCACAAGCUGAGCAAGAUGGAAAAAGGACUGCAAAUGUUUCUGUACGAGGACCAAAUCCGGGCUCUGACCUUGGCCAAGCGCUCGCGGCGGGCCGUGUGGUCUCACGACACAGUGCUGACCGCCCGCAAGAUCCGCUGUGCAGUCGGAGUCAAAGGGUACGAGUUUCUCCGAGAACUGGGCUACCCUCUUCCCUCCUACAGGACGCUGUGUAACCGCCUGGAGCCUAAAAUGAUGAUGACCACCAGCAUGCAGGAGGACCUAGCAGAUUUAGGCCUGGGUAUCAUAACAGCAUGUAAUAGCCCUGAGGGCAAUGGCACGGGUGAUGAAGGACUGAUUGGAAUUAUGACCUAAGACUGUGUGUGUGUGUGUGUGCGUGUGUGUGUGUGUGUGUGUGUGUGUGUGUGUGUGAUAGAGAAAAAGAAAGAAAGAGAUGUCUAUUUUUGAUGAAAAAGAAUAAUGUAAAUUGCCACAUUAGCUGAACUCCAAGCAAGGAGCAACUGAGGGAUGUCUUAAUUUAUGUCACACUUAUGUCCCAUUAUAUAAACUGGUUAGAGAAAACCAGUCAUUUUACUUUAGAAUGAAGAAAUCCAGUUUUACACUGUUUGCCCCUGAUCCCAAUUACACUGUGCAUCAUGCAAUGUCAAAAUGUUAAUCUGUAGCUGUACACUUUGUUGUUGUUUGUCUACAUUAGCCAUAAAGCUGCAAGACUAAACUAAAAAAGCAGAUUUCAUACACCAAACAUGGCUUGACUGAUUAGAUCAUGUUUGGAACAGAAAGGAAUAUGUGUACUUUCAAACAAACCAUUACUUUAAUUAUGUUUAAGUAUCAAACUUUAGCUUCUGAUUUAUUCAGAUUUAAAGUGGGAUUUCGAAAUAUCUGCAUUAUGAAAACAUUAUGAUGUUUCAUGAUUAAACUAUAAGGAAAUGUAAAAAAUGCUUGAAUUCCCCUUUAAGCAUGAUGGUACUCCAUGCAGUUGAUAUUGUUUGUUAAGUAUGAGAUCAGGCUGUUUGAUUAACAUUGUUUUUUUUAAUGUUCAUAGUUUAAGAUCAUUGACCAAGCAAAUAGCACACAAGCUACUCCUGGCAAAGCAAAGGUGUUCUUCAGAACAAUAAAACGAGUUUAGGGAAAUUGAA